CCGUACAGGUGUGCUGAGUGCCCCAAAGCCUUCAAGGGGGCGUCAGGGCUGCGCUAUCACCUGAGGGAUCACACAGGUGAGCGGCCGUACGCCUGCACCACCUGUGGGAAGGCCUUCAAGAGGUCAUCGCUGCUGCAGACUCACCUGAGGGUCCACACGGGUCUUCGCACAUUCGAGUGUCCCCACUGCAGCCUCACCUUCAAGUGGGCGUCACACUACCAGUACCACCUGCGGCAGCACACAGGGGAGAGGCCCUAUCGCUGCCCCACCUGCCCCAAGGCCUUCAAGAACUCCUCCAGCCUGCGGCGGCAUCGCCACACCCACACAGGUGAGCGCCCGCACACCUGUGCCACCUGUGGGAAGAGCUUCUCCCAGGCCACCAACCUGCGGCAGCACCUGAGGGUGCACACGGGUGAGCGACCCUACACCUGUGCCACCUGUGGGAAGACCUUCACCCACUCCUCCAACCUCCACCUGCACCAGCAAACACACUCGGCCGCUCGUCCUUUCCGCUGUCACCUGUGUCCCAAGGCCUUCGUCAUGGCCUCCUACCUGCAGCGGCACCUGCGCACCCACACAGGGCCUCAUGCACCUGUGGGCACACCUGAGUCCCUGAGUUACCUGUUGGUGCAGAGCCCACAGGGGUGGCAGCUCGUUCCCAAUGUCCCCAGGAAGGUUUGGCUGCUGCCAACCCCUCCCAGGGCACCUGGUGGUGGUGGCAACUUGGUGGCCACUGAGGCACAGGUGAGGAAGGGGUCAGACACCUGUCAGAGCGUCCUGGUGGUACCUGGUUGUGGGCAAGGAACAGGUGUCAUCGUGGUGAGGGGGGGGAGUGGCACCCCUGAGGGUGGCAGUCUGCAGCUGCAGGUGACAGGUAUGACAGGUGUGGCAGGUGUGGCAGGUGUGCAGCUCCAGGCAGUGCCACCAACCUCAGGUGUCACCAGUGUCCAGCUCCAAGCCACUGAGGUGACAGGUGUGGCAGGUGUGCAGCUCCAGGCAGUGCCACCACCCUCCAAGGUGACCAAUGUCCAGCUCCAAGCAGGUGAGGUGACAGGUAUGCAGCUCCGAGCACCUGAGAUGACAAAUGUCCAGGUCCAAGCACUGCCGCCAUCCUCCCAGGUGACAGGUGUGCAACUCCAGGUGUUGCCACUACCAGUUGAGGUGACAGGUGUGCAGCUCCAAGCCACCAAGGUGACAGGUGUGCAGCUCCAGGCAGUGCCACCACCCUCAGGUGUCACCAGUGUCCACCUCCAGCCCACAGAGGUGACAGGUGUGCAUCUCCAGGUGUUGCCAGCACCACCUGAGGUAACCGAUGUCCAGCUCCAACCACUGCCACCAGCCUCUGAGAUGAUAAAAAUCCAACUCCAGGUGUUGCCACCACCACCUGAGGUGACAGGUCUGCAGCUUCAGACCACACAUGUCCCCAGUGCCCACCUGGAGGCCACCAAGGUCCCCAGUGCUCACCUGGAGGCCAUUGCAGAAGUGCCCAACAUCCACCUGGAGACCUCAGAGGUGACAAAUGUCCACCUGGAGACCCUUGAGGAGGUCCCCAGUGCCCACACGGACCCCACAGAGGUGACAAAUGUCCACCUGGAGACCCUUGAGGAGGUGCCCAGUGCCCACAUGGACCCCAUUGAGGAGGUGCUCAGUGCCCACAUGGACCCCAUUGAGGAGGUGCUCAGUGCCCACUUGGAGACCUCUGAGGUGCCCAACGUCCACCUCAAGACCACCAAGGAGGUGCACAAUGCCCACCUGGAGACAUCAGAGGUGUCAAAUGUCCACCUGGACACAUCAGAGUUGGUGCCCAGUGCCCACCUGGAGACUUUGAAGGUGACGAAUAUCCACCUGGACAG